AUGGCUUCGUCACCACUUCUCGCCACGUCACUACCGCAGAAUCAGUUAUCCACCACCGCAACCGCCAGAUUCCGCCUUCCGCCGCCAGAGAAACUUGCAGUUCUAAUCGACAAAUCGCAAUCAGUAGAUGAAGUGCUCCAAAUCCACGCAGCUAUUCUCCGUCAUAACCUCCUCCUCCACCCUCGUUACCCAGUUCUAAACCUCAAGCUCCACCGUGCAUACGCUUCCCACGGCAAAAUUCGCCACUCGUUGGCUUUAUUUCACCAGACGAUCGAUCCAGACUUGUUCCUCUUCACCGCCGCAAUCAACACUGCCUCCAUUAACGGCCUCAAAGACCAAGCCUUCCUGCUUUAUGUUCAAUUGCUUUCUUCUGAAAUCAACCCCAAUGAGUUUACUUUCUCGUCGCUUUUGAAAUCUUGCUCAACUAAGUCCGGAAAAUUGAUCCAUACCCAUGUUCUUAAAUUCGGAUUGGGGAUUGAUCCUUACGUGGCGACUGGUCUCGUCGACGUUUAUGCGAAAGGAGGAGAUGUGGUAUCUGCCCAGAAAGUGUUCGAUAGAAUGCCUGAGAGGAGUCUCGUUUCUUCUACAGCUAUGAUCACCUGCUACGCAAAGCAGGGGAACGUCGAGGCUGCGAGAGCUUUGUUCGAUAGUAUGUGUGAGAGAGACAUUGUUUCUUGGAACGUGAUGAUUGAUGGAUACGCUCAACAUGGGUUCCCUAAUGACGCUCUGAUGCUAUUUCAGAAACUUUUGGCCGAAGGUAAACCAAAACCUGAUGAAAUAACCGUUGUAGCUGCUCUUUCAGCGUGUUCGCAGAUUGGAGCGCUGGAAACUGGGCGUUGGAUCCAUGUUUUUGUCAAGAGCAGUCGUAUUAGGCUCAAUGUUAAAGUAUGUACGGGUUUGAUUGAUAUGUAUAGCAAAUGUGGGAGUUUGGAAGAGGCAGUUUUAGUUUUUAACGAUACUCCAAGGAAGGAUAUCGUGGCGUGGAAUGCGAUGAUUGCUGGUUAUGCAAUGCACGGUUAUAGCCAAGAUGCAUUGAGAUUGUUUAAUGAGAUGCAAGGGAUCACAGGGUUGCAACCAACGGAUAUAACUUUCAUAGGAACACUUCAGGCUUGUGCUCACGCUGGUUUAGUAAACGAAGGGAUAAGAAUCUUUGAGUCAAUGGGACAAGAGUAUGGGAUUAAACCCAAGAUUGAACAUUAUGGAUGCUUGGUCAGUCUACUCGGUCGUGCUGGCCAGUUAAAACGGGCUUACGAAACCAUAAAAAACAUGAACAUGGAUGCUGAUUCUGUCUUAUGGAGUUCUGUUCUCGGAAGCUGUAAACUUCAUGGAGAUUUUGUGUUAGGCAAGGAAAUUGCAGAGUAUCUCAUUGGACUAAACAUCAAAAACUCAGGAAUUUAUGUUCUUCUUUCGAACAUAUAUGCAUCGGUGGGUGAUUAUGAAGGUGUUGCAAAAGUGAGGAACUUGAUGAAGGAGAAAGGAAUAGUGAAGGAGCCUGGUAUAAGCACCAUAGAAAUCGAAAACAAAGUUCAUGAAUUCCGAGCUGGAGAUAGAGAACACUCGAAAAGCAAAGAAAUUUACACAAUGCUAAGAAAGAUCAGCGAGCGGAUCAAGUCUCAUGGUUAUGUUCCAAAUACAAACACAGUCUUGCAGGAUCUUGAAGAGACAGAGAAAGAGCAAUCUCUACAAGUUCACAGCGAGAGACUCGCGAUUGCAUACGGUCUAAUCAGCACCAAACCGGGAAGUCCCUUGAAAAUAUUCAAGAACCUACGAGUAUGUUCUGAUUGUCAUACGGUGACAAAACUGAUAUCGAAAAUCACAGGACGGAAAAUCGUUAUGAGAGAUCGGAAUAGGUUCCAUCAUUUCACAGAUGGUUCUUGCUCUUGUGGCGAUUUCUGGUAAAACCAAACACCACACAUUGUAAUUUGUACGUGAAAAGAAGAUCAAAGUGAACAAAUUUAGUUGGAUUAUCUAAAUAUCAUUCUUUCAUGGGAAUUAUGUUGAACACGUGGAGGGCAUUAUUUGUGAAGUUGAAACGAGGACUAUUUUUCAAACUUUCUUGAGGAACAAGACUUGACUUUUGUAACCAUAAAGAUAGAAUCAAGUCAGAUUUUGCUACUUCGAGA